AUGGCCCAGCAAAAUGUGAAAGUGCGGCCUGUGCUCCUGAAGCGAAGCAGCCUAGAGUCACUGGAGUUUGUAAAACAGCCUCACCACCGCAGGAGCAAAUCCCAGCAGGUCCGGUUCAAGGAAGAUGGGACCAGUAAGAACCCAGGCGGCCUCCCUGAGGACGAUGCCCACACCUCCGAAGACACGGUUGUGAUGGGUAAGACCCAAACAUCCAGGCACCAUCACCUACCCUCCUACUCACUGUCCUUCCCCAGGGCCCAGAAGGCAGGGGGCUUUCGGAACAUCGCAAUCCAAACCUCCCCCAGUCUCAGGAAGCAUUUCCCAAUUUUCAAAAAAAAGAAACUCACAGCCAGCAAGUCCCUGGUGGAAAUGCCAACAGCAACCCAAAGUGCCAUCCAGGUCAACGGCAACCUCUCUGAACAGGACAUUGUGUCUUCUGAUUUCACCUACUUGAGGCUAGCUCAGCACCUUGACGAUGGGCCCCGAAGGGUCAAGCUGUCUCACCCAUUUCUCUCGAGGGUAUCCAAGGUGCAAAGCAAUGGGCCUGUUAGCAUCUGCUUGGAAGCAGGGACUUGGGGAACCUCGGAGAAAGCAACAGCUGCCAUUCAGGUUCCAGACGAUAUUUACCACAGUCCUUCCUGGGAGGUUCGAGGGGUCACUUUCAGCCCAGUUAGAUUGGCAGACAUCAGUAACUCCAUAAACCCCGGGGCUGAAACAUGUCCAGGUGACAGGAGAAGUGCACCACCGUCAGAGUCAGAAAGACCUUCCUCCUGCUUAAAUGCCACCAGCGGUGCCAACCACAUACCAGGCACAGGUAAAUUCCACCCACAAUUGCUUUUGCCCAAAGACAACCCCCAUGGCAAAGACCAUGGCCCACUGUCCUCUCAAUGUGAGGAGAAGUGUAUCCGCUCUCCUCCACGGACUCACAGCUCCCCCUCACUAGGCACCCACAGCCAGCCAGCCCAUCCAGGAAGAACUUCAGACUGCCUUUCUUCUGGUAACAAUCACCAGGACCUGGCGGCACUAAAAGCUAACUGUGGGCCAAGAUCUGCCCCCACAUGCCAGGAGGAGGCGUCCAAGAAUUCCACGCAGUCCGAUCCCCUGGACCCUCCAGACUGUUCAGGAAGUGAUCCCACCCCAUCCUCUCUCCCAAGAAAUGAAACAAAGCUCCAGAGCAACACAGAGAUGAGUGGGAUCAAUCAAAUCCACCUCGCCAGGGGUGAACUCUGUGACCUCCAAGGCAGGCUACAAUCGGUGGAGGAAUCCCUGCACUCGAACCAAGAGAAAAUUAAAGUCCUGUUGAAUGUAAUUCAAGACUUGGAAAAAGCUAGAGCUCUGACAGAAGGGCGCAACUUUUACCGAACAGGCCAAGAUCUCAACAAUUGCAGCACCUGCCAGAACACAGCGUGCAUCAUAUACAGUGUAGAGUAUGAUUUCCGGCAGCAGGAAGGCAGGUUCCAUGAAGUUCUACAGAGUCUGGAGGAGGCUGAACCUGCUGAAGAGGCCUCUCCUCCACCAAAGUCCCCAGUGGAGCCCCCAGUCCCAGAGAAGCAGGACUUGAGGCGAAAAACCAAGAAGGUGAAGAAGAAAUGCUUCUGGUGGAUCUGA